CCAACGGCCAGUCCAGGUAUUUCUCCGUCUGGACCUGCUUUGCCCUUCUUCCACUUCUCUCGCCCGUUCGCUAUUUAGCCUGUCCGUGACAGCUCUACCAAUCUCUUAUCCUUCUUAUCGGCCGACUAUCUUCCCUAAACCACCAUCAUGAGCUCUCUCGCUGCUGCCCGUUACGGCAAGGACAAUGUCCGCGUUUACAAGGUUCACCGCGAUGAGAAGGCCGGUGUCCAGACCAUCGUUGAGAUGACCGUCUGCGUCCUGCUGGAGGGUGAUAUCGAGACCUCCUACACCAAGGCCGACAACAGCGUUGUCGUCGCCACCGACUCCAUUAAGAACACCAUCUACAUCACUGCUAAGCAGCAGCCCGUGACUACCCCCGAGGUGUUCGGCUCCAUCCUCGGCACACACUUCAUCGAGAAGUACUCGCACAUCCACGUUGCCCAUGUCAACAUCAUCACCCACCGCUGGGUGCGCAUGAGCAUCGAUGGCAAGGCCCACCCCCACUCUUUCAUCAAGGACAGCCCCGAGACCCGCAACGUCCAGGUCGACGUGACCGAGGGCAAGGGUAUCGAUAUUCACUCCUCCAUUGACGGUCUGACCGUCCUCAAGAGCACCGGCUCCCAGUUCUGGGGCUUCGUCCGUGACGAGUUCACCACCCUCAAGGAGACCUGGGACCGUAUUCUCAGCACCAAGGUUGCCGCUGGCUGGCAGUGGCGCCGUUUCGCUAGCCUGCAGGAUGUCAAGGCUAACACUCAGAACUUUGACUAUGCUUGGGAGACUGCUCGUAACACUACCCUUAAGACUUUCGCUGAGGACAACUCUGCCAGUGUGCAGGCUACCAUGUACAAGAUGGGUGAGCAGAUUCUGGCUGCCGUGCCUCUGCUCGAGACUGUUGAUUAUGCCCUACCCAACAUUCACUACUUUGAGAUUGAUCUCAGCUGGCACAAGGGUACCAAGAACACCGGCAAGGACGCCGAGGUGUACGCGCCUCAGUCCGGCCCCAAUGGUCUCAUCAAGUGCACCGUGGCCCGCUCCGGCCCGAAGGCCCGCCUGUAGAUCGGGAAUGCCCGAGUUUGGAGUUUCUAGCAUGCUGCUUUUCUGUACAUAAUGUCAUGUCUAUAUAUCCCAAUGGGCGUGCCGCGACACGACUCAAUGUCACCUUGGAACACAUUUUUUCUACUUCCAAUAUGAUUUUGCUUUGCUAUAAAUACAUGCCAGUGGGAAUGAACAUAGCGCAAGAAAGGUCAAGGUAGUUAGAACAGGGAUGUCAGAAAACAAAAAAGAUAGAUAAAAAGGUCAUUCCCAAAUAUUGGACUCCACACCCAUGCGCUUGCGGUUUGGAUCAUAACGCAGAAAAAUAAUUUACAGUACACGGACAGAUCCGGGCUGGAACCCGGUAUUCAAGUUGUAGACGACGAGACAGAAGAGAGAAAGGGUAGGUGUCUAUGCGGAUGGCUUGGCCUCCUUGAAGGCAGCUUGGACCUCGGGCUGGCCCAAGAUCGAUUUGUUGCCGAACUUGACGAUGUUCUCCUUGUAAGGAUGCGCGAGGCCCUCGAAAGCUGUAACGAAAUGCGUUAGAUACCAAUGUCAUCCGAAGCUCUGCGCAGAUAUCAAAACUCACUCUUCAGACGAGCCAACCGCGGCUCCUGCAGCCGGUUCUUGGGCAACAUGCCCUUGACUGCGCGGCGCAGAACUUCACCACCACCCCACUUCGCAAACAUCUGAUCCAUAGUCAUGCUCCUCAGGCUACCGGGGCGAGUCGUGUGGGUAUAGUACAUCUUCUGGAAACGCUUCUUGCCGGUUGUCCGGAGGUCGUGACAGCCGGCGACGACCACGUAGUCACCGCAAUCUGUCGAGGGAUCGUAGAUCGGCUUGUGCUUGCCCAUGAGAACGAGGGCAAUCGAUGAGGCCAGACGGCCGAGGGAGCGAGGGUCAGAUCCGGCAUCGACAUAGUGCCAUGCUCGAGAGUAGGCAAGACGGGU